CCGGCGCGGGUCAGUCGGGCCUUGGCGUCGCCACGUGGGCUGUGCUGAGCGCCCCCCGUGUGCUCAGCGCUGUGCUGAGCGCCGGGGACGGGGGAAUCCACCCUCAUCGGGGGAGGCCACCUGCUCGCCGCCCUGCCAGCAGCAGCUGCAGCAGCAGGGGGUUGGGAGACCUCGUCUUCGCCGCGCAGCCCUGGCGCCGUCGGUGACACAAUAACCCGGCGGAGGCGGGCGGCCCCGGGCCCGCCAUGACGGACCCGGACGUGCUGACGGAGGUGCCGGCCGCCCUGAAGCGCCUGGCCAAGUACGUGGUGCGCGGCUUCUACGGGCUGGAGCACGCGCUGGCCCUGGACAUCCUCAUCCGCAACCCGUGCGUCAAGGAGGAGGACAUGCUGGAGCUGCUCAAGUUCGACCGGAAGCAGCUGCGCGCCGUCCUCAACACCCUCAAGGGGGACAAGUUCAUCAAGUGCCGCAUGCGGGUGGAGACGGCCGCCGACGGCAAGACCACCCGCCACAACUACUAUUUCAUCAACUACCGCCUCCUGGUCAACGUGGUCAAGUACAAGCUGGACCACAUGCGGCGGCGGAUCGAGACGGACGAGAGGGACUCCACCAACCGCGCCUCCUUCAAGUGCCCCGUCUGCUUCAGCACCUUCACCGACCUGGAGGCCAAUCAGCUCUUCGACCCCAUGACAGGGACCUUCCGCUGCACGUUCUGCGAGACCGAGGUGGAGGAGGAUGAGUCGGCCAUGCCCAAGAAGGAUGCCCGCACGCUGGUGGCCCGCUUCAACGAGCAGAUCGAGCCCAUCUACGUGCUGCUGCGGGAGACCGAGGACGUCAACCUGGCCUACGAGAUCCUGGAGCCCGAGCCCGCCGAGAUCCCGGCGCUCAAGCAGAGCAAGGAACGGGCGGCGGCGGCGGCGGGAGCCCCCAGCCUCGCCGGCGGGCCGCCCCGGGAGGCGUGGGCCACCAGGGGCCCGUCCUACGAGGACCUGUACACGCAGAAGGUGAUCAUCAGCAUGGACGACCGGGAGGACGUCCACGCGCGGCGGCCGAGGGCAAGCCGCCCAGGGGAGAGGCCCGUCUGGCUGCGGGAAAGCACCGUCCAGGGGGCCUACGACCACGAAGACGGGGCGGACGGGGCCCUGGGCGUCGCCGGCUUCCAGGAUCGGGCGGAGGGCCGGGGGGCGCCGGACGACAACGAGGAGGUCAUGCGGGCGCUGCUCAUCCACGAGAAGAAGACGCCCUCGGCCGCGGCGGGCUCGGCGGGCGCCGCGGCCCCCCGGGGCCCCGGCCGCGGCAGCGACUCGGACAGCGAGACCAGCGAGUCGGACGAGGAGUCGCCGCCGCCGCGGCCGGCCGCCUUCCCCGCCGCGCUGCCGGGCCGGGACGGGGACGGGGACGAGGACGAGUUCGAGGAGGUGGCGGACGACCCCGUGGUCACGGUGGCCGGCCGGCCCUUCUCCUACGGCGAGGUGAGCCAGCAGCCGGAGCUGGUGGCCCAGAUGACCCCCGAGGAGAAGGAGGCCUACAUCACCAUGGGGCAGCGGAUGUUCGAGGACAUGUACGAGUGAGCCGCCCCCGCCGGUCCUCCGGCGACGGGGUCCGGACCCUCGGGGCCGUCCGUCCGGGGCCCGCGGCGGCCGGGACGGCCGGACGCCGG